AUGUAUCGUAUUAAGUAUUAGAGUAUAAUAUAAUAUUAUUCAUUUAGUAUCGCGUGGGCCGACCGCUGCCGACGUGUGUACAUAGUUAUUUGCAAAUAUUUAUCCUACGUGACGUGCGUUAUUAUUAUUGUUAUUAAAACGACGACGACAAUAUAUUAUAAUUUGUCGUGUCUGUGAAAUAAUGCGAAUUCGUCUUCCCGCGAGGCCUCUGUAGCGACAAUCUCCGCACUCUGCCGCAUACCCACCGAACGAUCGGUCUGCUGAAACCGCGGUCACCGUCACCGUUUCGAAAAACCGCGGUAUGUUCGGUACACUGGUCGUGCACUUGUCGGCGGCGGCGUUGUUGUUUUACCGCUUUGGUUGUAACGGCCAGACGGCCGAAGUCGGCUCGCUGACGUCCCAGAUCGGCGGUUACGCGGUAUUCGAAUGCCCGGCAGUACCGCAACCGCGGUACGACCACGACGGCGGUCUUCGCCGUCUUGUAGCCGUGCGUUGGACUAAAGACGGGCAGACGGUAUUUACGUGUUCAGAGGGUACGUUAACUACCGACGAACGGUACGACGGGCGGACUACCGUGGUAGAACCACCAGAGUUGAGCGAUGUAGUCUCCAUUGCAAUUAACGUUUCUAGUCUUCGCGAAUCAGACACAGGUGACUACGAGUGUCAUGUAACUUACAGUGGCGAUGCAGGUCCGCUGCAGCCGUCGUCGUCACGACCACCUUUACCGGCACUGUCAUUGCCCCAGUCGAGCACAGACUCGACGAUGAAUGCUGUCGACAACGACAUGGGUGGUACAGCAGGCGUACGGUUUAGACUCGAUGUGCAAGGUGGAGACGUGAUGAGUAUACCCCCGAUCAACCAAACCAGGAUGGAACACGAGUCCGUUCAUUUCAGUUGCGUGAAAGAAGAUCCCGAGUUCGUCGUCCAAUGGUAUAAAGAUGGCGUGCCACUGGACGAUUUGCCAUUCUUGAAUAGUAGAUUUCUUGUGACUCCAGAAGGUUCGUUAGACAUCUAUGAUGCAGCAUUGAACGACAAUGGUUUUUAUUCGUGCCGCAUAGUAUCAGCAAAGGGAACACUGUCUGCUGGUGCCUUUCUCAAUGUUCAGUACAAAGCGAAAGUCGUCUAUUCACCAGCUGAAGUUUUUCUUGCUUACGGUAAGCCCGGUACCUUGGAUUGUCACUUCCAUUCCAACCCACCGCUGACGAAAAUAAGAUGGGAAAAAGACGGGUUCUUGUUCGACACGUACAACGUGCCCGGAGUUUACCACAGGCUAAACGGCUCUCUUUACUUUGAUCGGGUAGAGAAAGAACACGGUGGUAAAUACACGUGCACGCCAUUCAAUGAGUUGGGAACUGAAGGGGCAUCUACGCCAAUGGACGUGAUCGUCCAGCAUCCACCGAAAUUAAUUGUUGUACCGAAAGUGUUGUACUUCCGUAAACUCGGAGAUAACAUCACAAUGCCAUGUGAAGCAGAGAAUUUCGACAACAGAGGUCCGGCGAUUGUUUGGCAGAAGGCGGACGGUAAGAGUUUAUUUUAUCCUCGAGUGACAGUCACUGGCGGUAAUCUAACUCUGACUGGUGUGAGGAGUGAAGACAGAGGUGUCUAUAGAUGUGUGGCAUCCAACAUCGCAGCUACUAUUUCGGUGGAAACAGAGUUGAUCGUCGAGGAAAACUUAUUCCACCGUAAACAUUUCGAUUUACACGUAAAUGCAACUAACAAGAAUAUCGUGGCUUACUGGAAACGACCAUAUUCAUUCUGCACUGUAUGGAGUAGAGACACGAGCUCGGCAUCGUCGAACUGGAACGCAACAGCGACGUCCAGCGACGGGAAAGCGAUUCUAUGGAAUUUAAACACUGGCGGGGAAUACGAGAUAAUGGUGACGUGCCGGGACGAGAUGAGCGGUGAAUCUAUGUUCAGCAAGUCCAUACUAACAAGUCGCUCGAAAGAAUCCAUCGGCCGAUCGACUGAUGAGUUGCGUGAAAAAUCUUCGAGUCUCGUCGUUGACAGCCUGCACCCAUUCGACAUUCGAGUUGAACGCUCUGGUACCGGUUACAAUGUAUCGUGGACGAUGGAUAAGUCCAGCGUUGAACAUCGCGUCAAGCGGUACGUGGUGAAGUGGUACGAUGCACGCGAUGGCUCAGAACUGGGGUCGGCGUCAACCGCGGCCAACAAAAGAUACAUAGUGGUGGAGCUGGCUGGUGGUAAGACCUACGGGAUCCUGGUAACGGCCACCGCGGCGGAUGGCCGACAGACGUCCGUCGGCAGCCGUUCAUUCCAUUCUCCGGCAUCAGCGUUGACAGCAACUACCACGUCCUCGUCACAGUCGACGGCUUUCACCAAAUACUAUUAUAUGGCACUGUUCGGUCUGCUCAUCGCUGGCUUCGUCGUGUUGUGCUGUAAUUGUCGUGGUGGUAAGGGCAGGUGAAAUUGUACGAACGACAAACAUAUACCAAUCCACCGACAAACGAUAACCGUGGUAUCAUAUGCGCCAAACUCUAAGAAUAUUUAUUAUUUAGGUACCUACUAUUAGAUUGGUAGUUAGAAAAAAUACUUGGUAGAAAUAAUACUUCCCUAAAAAAAAAAAAAUACCUGUGGAAAUAAUACCCAAAAUAAAAAUGUCCGAGGAAAUAAUACACAAUAGAAAAAAUACCUGCUCGUUUGUAAUUUGUAAACACAAAUAUUUUUAACAUUUGUAAUUUGUGAAUAUCCCUUGAAUAACGUAUUUAAAAUACUGCGACAAUACUAUCACAAGAAAUAUAAUUGUAAUAUUAUUAUAUUUUAUAAUAUUUUAAUAAUGGAUUUUUUUUUGUACAUUUUUAGUAAUUUCCUGUGAUAAUAUGUUUUAUUUUAUGUUGUAUUAUUGGGAAAAAUAAUAUUGCUAGUAUAAAAUAUUA